CACUGAGAAAGACUCGACACCUUUCAGGGCCGUUGCCGCUGAAAUAAACCCGAUGUCUAUUGCUAGCGAUUUCUGAACUGGCGUUUAUGCGGGAGGUUAAAGCACACAGAUAACAUGCCGUGGACAUAUCUUCUUUUAUAUAUUUUGGCUUCUUUCACUCCCUUUGUGACGGCUGGUGCUCAAUGCAAGACAGAAGUCAGUAUUCCUGGUAUGGCUCUCGAUGGUUUCGUCUUCAAAGUAAUAUCCGUAACAGCCCCACGUCAAUGUGAUAUCCGUUGCGAAAGAGAAAUCAAAUGUCAAAGUUUUAACUACGUCAUAGGGGAGAAAGUCUGCGAAUUGAAUAACCGCACCAAGGAGGCGAGGCCCCUAAAUUUCCGCGCUGACCCUACACGGUUUUAUAUGCGACGUUUUGUCGGCAGAGUUCCCUUGGGUUCCGUACCUGAAUUACCAGCGAUAUCUUGCCAGGAAAUAGAGGCGAGUGAAGGCAAAUACAACAUCAGCAACAAGCACUGGUUGGAUAGCAGUUUGACGGGACAGGCAGAGUUGGUUGAUUGUAGUGACACAGUGAAAGAUUGUGACGCUAAUCCUUGUAAAAACGGUGGAACUUGUGUAGAAGUACCCAGUAGAAAAACCUACAAAUGCAACUGUACGGAUGCAUUCACAGGCAAAAACUGUUCAGAAUCAACAACCGUCGCGCAGAGUACGGACGCAUCCCCAACUGUUGCAAGUCUUGAUAGAGGCAAUGGACAACCUCAAAAUGAAAAUGACCAAAACUUUGAGCUUAUAUUCAGAAAAACUCAACAUACGAGCUAUGUGAAACACGAUAUGAAUAACAAGUGGGUUUCACACUUUACCGUCUGUGCCUGGAUACACACACCAGAUUUACAACAGAGCCAAGAGAUGACUGUGAUAAGUAUUUUGAACGAGAAGAAUGGCGGCAGCCACAACGUUGUGAGAUUGAGAAUCGACGGAGAAGGCAACAUCUAUUUUUCAUUUGGAAGUGACAGGACCUCCCUUUCCAACGUAUUCGCUACCAGUUCUCCGAAGGAUGAAAUGGUCUUCCUCUGUGUUCGUAUCCAACCUGACCAGUCACCUAAAAUGGAAGCGAUUGUAAAUGCAAAUUUCGGUUCAAAAAAGACCAGCGACGGAGUUAAGUACGAAAACGUUCAGUGGACUCAAGUAAUCGUCGGACAAAAUCAGGGCAAUGACGGUACUAUUACAAACGACACCCCAUUCUAUGGAAGGAUUUCGAACUUAAACAUCUGGUUUAACUCUCUCACUGAUGCCCAAAUUACAAAUUGGUUCAACAGAGGUCGGAAAUAUAACGGACCUAACAUCCUUAAAUGGCCAGAACUUGGUUUUUCCAAGAGAUUUGGAGACGUUCAUUUUGUAAAGGUCACUUCUGCUGGAGACGUAAAGUGGCGUGACGUUUUGGAUAGUGAGGUGGAUGUACAAACAACAAAUAAUGUUUCGGCGACGAAAUCUUUUGAAAGUGGAUCUGGAGUAGUUAUCGAAGUUGAGCGUCAGUCACCAGUCUCUUGUAGUAAUGCAACUGAUUCGGCCACAGUUGACGGCGUGUUGAUAUCUGUAUCUGGAAGCUGGAAAAGAAUCAAAUACAAGCAGACGUUCAUGGGAACUCAGAAAUGCUUUGCAAUUUUUGGAAGCGUUCCUAACUGGGCCUCUGGUAUAUUCAAUCCCAAUGUUAUGGAAUUCGACCUUGAUUUCGAUGAACUUUGGAAAGAAGAAUAUCUUGACCCAAAUGGUAAUCAUUUCGAUGGCGUGAAUGCUUUGUGCGGUGAUGAACACUUUUGGAUGGUAAAUCAACCAAAUACUCCGGUAGCCGGAGUCAGUCUAAGACGAAAGAGCGGCGGGGCGAUUGCCGGGAUAUCCACCUUUGGCAAGUGUGGGAUGUUCAAGUUCAAGAUUUCUGAUAUUCGUGUUCUGGAAUAAAAAUUCUGUAUCGAGUCCUGGCUAAUCCAAGUUGUUAUUGGCGACACAAGUUGCGGUCCUCUCCCAGCUGAUGCUUGUGAUGUCAUGACAGAAUGUCACGUGGCAUCCCAAACAAAGGCUUCGAAGCAGAAUAAACACGUAAUUGCCUUUAGCGCCUUUGACUGGCUAGGACUUGAGCCUGCGAUUAAUCGAUAAGUUUGUGCAGUUAAAUCACCUUUUAAGCACAACAGCACUAUGACAGUAAACUGCAUAAGAAGCAGAGCUGGAUAUUACUUUACGUUGAAAUAAUUAGAGUGUUUGCUAUUUUAUAGACACUGAUAGUCGAAUGAACACAAACUGUUGAGGGAAGACGAUCAAGAUCUCACAUUUAGCUUGUUUUCACUCGUUCUAAGGCCGUUUUUUUCACAUCUAAUUAUAAGAAUUAACACAACAAACAGCCUGUGGCUAGAAGUAGUCAUGUUCUCACUUCACUUUAGAGGCGAAAACGGGAAUAUAUGAAUAAGUUGCUGGGUGUUCUACUGCCGUUGUAAUAU